CGCAUGUUCAUCGUGUCGCUGGCUAUGGCCGAAAACGAACUUGUUCUGCCACGUUCGCCGCGACAGCGAGCAAGUUCCAUUAUUGCCAAGCGGUCAUGAAGCUCACUUUCACAUGCGUCACAUCCCACCAGUGCUUCCUGGAACGCUUGACGCAUUGAACCUUUCCGGAAACGUUAAAUCAUGCCCAGCAGAGGAGACGACAGUCAAAUGGUGUCUUCACCUGAAGAAUCAGAUCUGGAACAAAUCACAACCCCGGUGACCCAAACCGCCAACCCAGCCGAGACAGUGCUGUCGCCGCCCGACUCGCAGCGCCGCGAACGCUCCUUGCCCACCACAUCUCUCGCGAACUCAAACGGCAAGCGCCCUUUGCAAAACAUCAGCAACGGCGCAGACGACAUGGAAGAGCUUCAAGCCAUGGGCAAUGCCAAUGGCAAAGCAAGAUCGGACGCCCCGUACAAAACACACGAAAGCAGCGGGUACACGUACAACAGGGCUGAGGACGAACCCGGAUACGGCUGGCUCAACAAGAAAGCGCAAGACGAGUUUGCGCGAGCUUGGGAGGGUCUGCAGCACAAGGACAGCAUGAUCAAGAAUCGCUAUGGAGAUCCAUUCGAGGUGGCCGCGAAAGAAAAGGCCAUCAUGGCGAGUCUGAAGCAGCAAUAGGGAGCAAGAUUACGACGUCACGGUUUAACGAAGGUCUACGCAAGGCAUCAGAGGGCGUUUUUGCGAGGUUGCGUCCACCGCAGUGAUACGAUACGGGGGCAGAAGCUCGCAUUGGUGUGUGCCAACAUGCUGCAAAGUCAGCAGUAGUAGCAAGCCAGGGCCAGCAGAAUACAGCAGUGCCAUAGUGAGAAAUUACACUCAGCAUCCGUACCUU